CACGUGACAAUGAAACUUCCUGGUCAAAGAAAUAGAUUGUUUGUACUGCUAGGUUGGCUGACUUUUUGACUCAUAGUACUUGGAGCAAAUAUGCCACAUUUAAUUAGAAUUGCUAUUUUCUGUUGCUUCUUGUUUUGUUUUGUUCUAUCUAGCGGUGGCUCGCCCUCACUGUUUGCAGUUUUAGACUCCCUGAAUAAAUAUUCAGAGAGUUAUGUUCUUCCUCCACUACCAUUUGGCUUCUCGGAUCUAGAGCCUUACAUUGACGCACAGACCGUACAGGUGCAUUACCUGGGUCAUCAUGCUACUUACCUAACAAAGUUGAACCAAGCGCUGGCAUCUUGGAGAAAUUAUGGCUUGACACAGUCCAUAGAUGAAACGCUACAACAGUCCCUCUUUGAUAUUUUGCGUCAUCCUGAAAAGAUUCCCGAGAAAUAUAGGACUGACAUUGUAAAUAAUGGAGGAGGGUUUAUCAACCAUGUAUUCUACUGGAUGACCAUGUCAAAAAACAUACACAUGAAAGAUCGCCUCCCUUCCCACCGAAUGCAGCACUUGAUAAAUGAAGCAUUUGGAAAUUUUAUGAAGUUCAAAGAGGCUUUUAAUGCUGAGGCUUCCAAACUGUUUGGCUCAGGUUAUGUAUGGCUUUGCAGAGAUGCAUCUUCAUCAGACAAACUUCAUAUAGUUACUACAUCAAAUCAGGACUCCCCCCUUUUACAAGGCUUUCAGCCCUUGCUUGUAAUAGAUGUCUGGGAGCAUGCAUACUACUUGAAGCAUCAAAACAUUAGAGCAAACUACAUCAGAGACUGGUGGAUGACAGUGGACUGGUCUGCAGUAGAUGUACUUUUAAACUGGUGGACAACCCAAUCUGCCCAUGAUGAACUGUGAUUUAAUACUCAGAUUUCUUUCCUUUUAACUCUUCACUUUUUCUUGCAUUUAGAAUUGCAAGUUAUUUACUGUGGUGUUGCAGGUUUAUUUUGUCUUGCUUUGUGUAUUGUUUAUAAUCUUUUCAUAAUGUGUGUCAUUAUCAGCUUGUCUACCUAUAUAGUGAAGAUUGUAGGUAUAAGUAUGGAAUAGGUAACAACUGGAUAUUCAGGUGUGAGAUUUUUUUAAUCGAUUUUAUGUGCUUGUUUACAGUGUUAUUUUAUUUCCCAUGGUACUUUAAAAUGAAAAAAGUGUAGCAGUAGUACACAUACUAAAUACAGCUUCAUAAUAUUGUAGCAAAUGUAAUGUAGAUAAAAUUCAUAACCAAUCAAUAAAUCUUACUAGUGUAAAUAAAAGGAAAUUAAAUUGAUUAUACAAACAUUAAAAAUGGAAUAAAUUGGAUGUAUUAGGAGAAGACUGCCCCUUCCUCACCACAUUCCUGUAUAUCAAGGAUAUGGUCACCUUUGGAAAAAUAGUCAACAUCUCACACAGACGCCUAAAACAUAAAAAUACAGACAGUAUUUAUACAGGAAGCAGGCACAACCUAGUCGCUCCCUGCAUAUCUAAAUAUAUUAUGUGAUCACACAGUCUUGGGGGUUGGGGGGUGAGGAGUUCAAGUUUAUUAACAGGAACUAAUAUUCACUCACUCAAGAAUCAGUGAAACUAUCUCAGCCACAUACUUUAUCUCAGUUUCAUUAUUUCCUUCAUACAGUCUGAGAUUUACAAUCUACCUCAAGAAGUCCACACUGAACCCCACCCAAGACCUGAUUUUAUUGGCCUGCAGAUGGGACACCCGACUCAUCCACACCUUUGUACCUCUAGACAAGGUACAAUGUUUCUCCAAUUAAUUUCAGCAUCUUUUACCCCUUCAAACUUGCCCUGCAAGAGAAGUUCUCAGGACAAUGGAAUUCAUGACUGCAACCAAACAAUUUGUCCCAUUUGCCAGACAAUAUACAAGAAGGAUUCAAUGCUGACUGAAGUCUGCCUGGUCCUCUAGACAGCCAGAUCCCACAGAUAUCUCAACAGGAACAAUGCACAGAUGUUUUAGAUGUUGCAGUGGGGGCAUGAAUGAGCUCCCUGACAGUCCAGGGCCAACAGCCAUUAAAUUGGAAAUCAGAGCACGUAAGUCUGAUGGAGAUGGGGGGGCUCUAAUCCAGGCAUUGCAGAUGUUCUUCCACACUUGGUUUCAAGGCCCCCAUAGAAUUUCCACAGACAAAACUACAGUCAUAUGCCACAUAUAAAGCAGGAGAACAAGAUAUCUCCUCUGCAGAUUGGCUGUAAUGGCAUGGGAACAGACCACAAAGCAAACCUGCCCUUCCAAGCAGUUUACAUUCCUUCCCAGGGCAAUGUUCUGGCAGAUUUUCUAAGCAAAUCAAGGGAAGAACCUCAAGAAUAGAUGUUGAAAGAGAGGUCUUCCUAGAUAUAGCCACCAUAUGGGAUAUCCUUCAGAAUUGUUUGCUUCCAUCCGCAAUAAGCAGCUACUUUGUUUUUGCUGUAGGACUCCUUGUUGUCAGGCUUGGAGGAUGGAUGUCAUGUCCAUUCUUUGGAAAGCGAGGUUCCUUUAUGCCUUCCAUCCUGUACUAGUAUUCCCAAAUGUCUAGCUAAAGAUCCAGAGAGACAAACCAAAGAGCCUACUGGUGAGUCUUUUUUGGCCAAGGCAGCAUUCCUUCCCUCGUCUCUACCACCUAGUUAAAGGUCAUCACCAUAAGUUACCUCACAUAGUCAACUUGCUCACACAACAGAAGGGCUGACUUCUUCACCCCAAUCUCUACCAAUAUGCCCAAAGGUCUUGCUAAAGAUCCAGAGAGACAAACCAAAGGUCUUACUGGUGAGUAUCUUUUGGCCAAGGCAACAUUUGUUCCCCCUUCUCUAACACCUAGCUAAGGGUCAUCACCAUAAUUUACCUCACAUAGCAGUCUUACACAAUACAAGGGCUCACUUCUUCACCCCAACCUAUCCUCUCUCAAUCUGACAUUGUUGAUGAUGGGAUUCUAAUCCCUUUCAGACACCAUUUUUCUGAGGAUGUGCUACAGGUUCUUCUAGAUGCAAGGAAAGCUACUACCCAGAAAUCUUGUACAUCUAAAGGGUAAAAGAUUUUCUGUUUAAUGUCAUGCUGAAAAACAGAACUUUAUACAAAUAGGAAUUAUUAGCAUCGUCUUAUUUAUGUGUACUACUUAAAGUUGGUUUUGCAUACUCUUC